AUGGCUGCUGCUAAUGGGCCAGAACACAGUGGGCUCGCUCCCAUUGCCCCGGCACCCACUGCCCAGCCUGGACCGGAUCGCGGCAACUCGCCCAUUUCAUCGGACCCAAUGCCAAGUGCCUGCCAGACCUGCGCGAAGCGAAAGGUCAAAUGCGAUAAGACCGUCCCUAUUUGUGCUAGGUGUUGGAAAAGCGGGCGAGAGUGUGUUUACCAAGAACCAAAUUCGCGUCAUCGCAAACGAAAACUCAGUAUCGAUACGCUUGAAAAACUCGGAAGGCUCGAUCGAUAUGAGCGCCUUCUGAGGCAGCAUGGAUUACUGGAUGCCGAGACAUCGACGUCGGCCAAGGAGACGCGGUCUGUGCCCUUCGUGGAACCCGGAAACUCGAGAACGGGUAAGCUUUUCACCCGCCAGGGAAAGUCGAGAUAUAUCGACAGUCAUUUCUGGUACAGCCUGGACGAGGAUGAAAUGCAACACAUGUCCGACGAAGAAGAUGAUGAAACGCUCCGAGGUGGCACCGGUAUCCCUAGAUCUGUAGUACUGGACCCUUUGACCGCCGCAGCGUUCAUGGCCCCGGGUCAAAGCCUUCUUCAGCAUCAUCCAAACCACAAGGAUGCCAUGGUGUUGUGGAAAAUAUACACGGAAAAUGUAGAACCCAUAUGCAAGGUCCUCCACAUCCCUUCAAUCACCAAGAUGGUUGAAUCUGUGUCGCAGAGUCCUGAAACGGCGUCAAAACCGGAUGAGUGCUUACUAUUCGCGAUUUACUAUGUCGCUGUAUUUUCAAUAACAGACGAGGAGUGUACCGAUCAGUUUCGACAAACGCGUUCUACCCUGAUGCAGCGAUAUCACUUGGCUGCGCGACAAGCUCUCGUGAAUGCAUCUUUCCUAAAGACAACCGAGAUGGCUGUCCUUCAAGCUUAUUAUCUCUUCCUUUUAUCUAGUCGCCAUCUGUACGACCCGCAUACUUAUUAUAUUCUGACAGGGGUCGCGGUUCGCAUAGCGCAACGCAUGGGGCUACACCAAGAUGGAGACAAACUGGAAUUGCCUCCAUUCGAAGUUGAAAUGAGACGACGGCUUUUCUACCAGAUUUUCCCGCUUGACGGUAGAGCAAGCCAGUCUGCAGGAACCGCCAUGAUGACACUGCCCGAGUCUUGGGAUACCAAGCCUCCCCUCAACAUCAAUGAUGAUCAAAUUUGGCCAGGAAUGACCGGCAAACCAGUCGAGCAGAACGGUGCGACAGAGAUGAUAUUCUGCUUGUCACGCGCAUGCCUUGGGCAAAAGCUGGCUAGGGCUGGAACUCCCAUCAACGGCGGUGCUCCUCUUGGCUUUCCGGAUCACCACGAAGCGGAGAAAGUUAUCAGUGAGGCGGAAAGCGAAGUAGAGGAGAAGUUUAUCCGCUACUGCGAUAUCGUACACCCCCUCCAUUACCUCACCAUUGGCCUUGCUCGGUCGGGAAUCACUGCCUUGCGCCUCAAAAUCCGGCUCCCAAAAAUUAGGAACCAGACUGCCACUGACGCAGAACGGAAAGAAAUGUUUCAGCUUGCGCAGAAGACUCUGGAUACUGAUGCGACUGUCCAUUCUCACAUCGGAAUUAGCAGGUAUCAAUGGCACGUCAGACCGUUCUUUUUGUGGGGAACGCGCGACUCGUUUGUUUUCAUCCUGACCAUGCUAUCAAACAGGCGCGACCUGCUUUCGCCUGUGGAAGUUGAAACUGCCUGGAAGAGUGUAGCACAGCUAUACCGAAACCAUGACGAGUUGUUUGAAAGUAAACAGGCGCUGUAUGUGACGCUCCAACGCCUUGCGCUCAAGGCGUGGGACUCCUACCAGCUGGACAGUGGUGUUUCAGAGCCAGCCUUCAUUGCCACUUUAAGGAAUUUGCGAGGGGCGAAGGAAAAUAAACAGGCAGAGCGUCAGGAAAGUCAUUGCGCGACAUCAUUGCUAGGGCCUAAGGGUGGCACAAAUAUCUUUACCGGUCUGCUGGAACAACCCAGUUCGGGAAUAGACAGCGAUCUAGAUUUUGAUGUUGACGACUGGGUGUUCUGGGACCAAUUGAUGCAGGACCAACUGGCACAAGCAACCUAG